AGACAAACAUCAAGAAGCCAAGAAUGGAAGAAACCUGUUUACUGCUCAUCCUGCUGCUCUCAGGAGGACUUUCCACUCUUCCUCCCCACUCCAGAGAAUACCACUUUGUGAACCAGAGAAUGAACUGGACUGAAGCUCAGAGUUAUUGCAGAGCAAACUUCACUGACUUGGUCACCAUCUACAACAGCAACAUCAACCAACUGCUUGUUUCUAUAGGACCAACCAAAGAUACAAGUUACAUCUUAGUGAAGGAGAGCCGCUCCUGGUCAGUGGCUCAGUCGUACUGCAGGACAUACCACACAGACCUGACCAGUAUGAGAAGCAAAGAGGAGAAAUCCAACAUCACGCUCACUUUGAAUGGAUCAGGGGUUCAGUAUGUGUGGAUUGGCCUCUACAGGGAUCCCUGGGCCUCCUGGUCUGACAACACAACCUCCACAUUCACUAACUGGGAGCCUUCUCAGCCUAAUAACUACAAUUACAACUGUGGAGUAUUUAAUUUAAUGACAGGAGAUUGGGCCGAUGGCUCCUGUACCAGCACAAAUUUGCUUUUCUGUUUCACAGCAGUGACAAAGCAAACAGUGGUGAAAAUGAAGCUUCAGUCAGAGGCAGACAUGCACAGCACAGAGAUCCAGCAGCAGGUUUCACAGCAGCUGUCAGGCCUCAUGCUGUCAGAAGGACUGACAGACUUCAGGAUUCGUUGGAGGAAAGUCCAGAGUCACCGUGACGACCAGUUGAAGAAGCAGGAUGUGGACGGUGGCUGCAAAACUGAAUUCUGACUGGACUGAACCACUUCAUGUGUGAAGUUAACAACAUGCUGUGCUGAGCUGUCUCAUCCUUUAAAUCUUUCAAUAUUUCAGAGUGUAAAGUUCCACCAACAGCUCAUUUGUUCAGUUGUAGUUUGGUAGAAAUUAUUUAAUCAGAGGUCCACUCACUAGUUUUCCUGAUAAGCUCUAGUCUCUUGUUUUGUUUUGCAGGGUGUUUUUCAGCACUUUCGAUAAUGUCCUUCCAUGUAAGUUACCGCACAGGCUUUGUCUGUGUGCAGUUUAAUAGGAUCCAUAGUUCUGUUUCAUUCUGACAGCAACAUAAAUGGUAAAGAGGAAAGUAAGGAGAGCCAGAGAUCUGCUUGAGGAGGUCAGGGUGCACAAAAAAACAUUGUAAUGUCGUGUUUAUACUUAUAUGUUUGAUAAUUGUAACAACCUGAUAUAAAUUUGCAUUGUGCACCUCAAACGUAUGCUGGAUGCCCUCACAUCAGACUGUCUAACUUGACUUUGACUUUGGAGAAAGCGAACAAAGUGACAGUCAAUUUAUCUGUAGUAAGCAGAGCAGGUGGUGGGAAAGGUUUGCACUGGUGUUGCCAUAGUUACUGUUGUAAUCUUAGUUUUUGACUUUUAUUUUCGCCUGUGUUGACAUGUUUUUCUACUUUUGUUUUUGUAGUUUUCAGCUUUCUUCAUGUUAUAUUUUAAAGGGUUUUUUUUUCAUGUUUUUGUGUCUUGUGAAAACUGUGAGAUUAUUAUAUUAUCUUAUGCCAUGUUAUACCCCUAAUUAAAGAUUGUUAAAUUAUUAUGUAGUUUUAGUUUACAUUAUUCUCCUGAAGGGGUGAUAACUAUUAGAUUUAUUAAACUGAUUUGUAUUACAUUAGACUGCUGAUUUAUUGUGAAUGAAUGAUAUUGUUUUAUGAUGCAUUAUACUGCUGAGUUAUAAGAAAUACUGUGUUCAGAGAGUCAUUGCCUUAUUGGUCUGAUCAGAAAAGAACAGAACAUACUGGAGAGGUUUUCUGCCCCAUCUCAUCAGGGGGAGACAAAACAGGGAGCCGAGGUCAUAACUUAGGCGCCGUAAGAGAGAAAGAAUGUGAAUGUUUAGGUUUUUACGACUAGGUGGGGGCCACUAGAGGCUAUAAGAGUCUGAAUAACCCUCCACCAGUUUGAGAUUUGCUGUGACCCUCUGCAUGCAUGUCUCCCCAUCUGGAUGGUUUAUGCUCAAAAGUGAUGAAUUGUAUGUAAUAAAGUAAUUGUUGAUUGAGCAUUUAUACACCGAGUAUUGUCCUUCCUUCAGCCCAAAGAUC